AGUCGCGGCACAUUUUUCGAAUUCGAACAUGUUGCGGAGUCUGCGAGUGCGGCUGGCUCAACAGCUGCGCCGGAUGCAAAAUUCCGACAACAAUGGAAGAAGGAUUCUACUCAAGCCCUCGCGAUAGUCGCGUCAAAGUCCAGCUCUUCUUCGAGUGCCAGUACGUCGACCACGCCUAAGUCCACUAUUUCUACAACAUCAACAACUUUGUGCAGACGUGACGGCAGUACUGUUUCAGGAACCCGCGCAGAGAGCGCGAAAGACCUAGCGAAGCGAUAUUUCCCGCUGUUCCUCGAUAAGGGACCCAAAGUCAUCGAAAAAUAUGAUUGGGAUGAACGCCGAGUCCAAAAUAAAAAGAGUAAGUCUGCCUCCCGAAAGGGAGCAUCCCAUACUAGCCUGCCACGGGAUACGCAUUUGCUGCACCAUUUGAACUGCUACCGAGACGCAGUUAUUCCCUACCACAAUGUCGACACCAGCAAGCGCAUUCGUAGUGUUUAUCUUGCGCACGUACUGAAUCACGUGCUGAAGGCGCGCGUCGAGGUCUUAGCCAACAACACGCGGAUCGAUGCGUGCCAAAAGAAUCCAGAGGAGUCGCAUCUCCUAGAUGACGAAGACUUCAUCGAACAGCAGCGCGAUCAGGGGUUUUGUCGCGCACGAGUGCUUAUUCUGUGUCCAUAUCGAAGUGUGGCCCACGAGUUGGUACAAAUGAUGCAGGAGAUGUGCCCGAACGCGAAGCAGGUGUUGCAAAAGCACAAAUUCGACGAGCAAUUUGGUCCGGGACCGGAGUAUGCGAACGGAGACGAGAACGAUCAGAAGAAACGUGAAGAAGAAGACGAAGCAGUGCUGUUCGCAAACCGCAAUGCGCAUGAUUUGAAGCACGUUCUUUCCGGCAACAAUGAUGACAAAUUUCGCAUUGGUAUGUCCGUUUCCCGUCGGGCCCUAAAACUAUUCACGCCGUUCUACCAGAGCGACAUCCUCAUUUGUUCCCCUCUAGGUUUGCGGCUCAUCAUCGGCGACGAACAGAAUCAGAACCGGGAAUUCGACUUCUUGUCCUCGCUGGAAUGCGUAGUCCUCGAUCGCGUAGACGUGAUGAAGUUCCAGAAUCUCGAACAUGUGAUGGACUGCCUCAAGGUCUGCAAUGUCACACCAGAAGCCAGUUCCUCGUACAACAACAAGAAGCCGGCGAAGAAGAGUGUGGCACAAACAUGCGACAUCACUCGGCUGCGGAGCUGCUUCGCCCUGGGUGAGUCGCGUCUGCUGAGACAGACCAUCAUCACCUCGAACGGGCUCUCGCCCGAACUCGAUACCAUGCUCGUAUCGUCCUCUAGUGCUGGAGCUUCGGGUUCGGAUGAAGACAAACAACCCAUGGAAGAAAAUGAGACUACGACAACACAGCAGGAGCAACAAGUUACGACCUUAGAAACGAAUUUUAGAGGUGCAGUGAAGCUGUGCGGUGAAUACUCAGCGGAAGCGGUCCAAAGAGCGCGCAUGGAACUUGGCAUUGACCGGCAAAUGUUCCUCGUAGCGAGAGAAAAACAGAGAAAAUUGGUAAGUGCUCUUACGGAUGAAGAAUCAUCCAGUGCGCUGCUUCGCGCCUUCCAGAAGCAGUUCUGGCAGUGCUCUGGAGCGGAGAUGGAGUAUCUGACCAUCGUUGUCUCAGGCAGCGGGUACCGCUAUGCCGAUUAUUUCACGAUCCAGAAAUUCUUCAAAGAGGAAGGUGUCGACUUCUUGGCCUUCGACGAAUACAGCGAGUGGCUCACGGUGAAAGAGGCGCGCUUGAAUUUCAAUAAGGGUAACGUGCGUGUCUUGCUAUUGACAGAACGUUUCCUCUUCUAUCAUCCAGAAUUCGACAUCAAAAGUUGCCAGAAUCUUUGCUUUUACGGCGUGCCGGAAAAAUGCUACAUGCAAGGUCUACGAUGGCUGUCACCAUUCAAGGAUCUCCUUGCACCAGGCAGUGGCUCCUCGACUAACAAGAGCAAGAAGAGCGGCACUACCCCAACUCGCCCAGAGGUUCCUCCAGCGUGCAUCACGCUGGUCGACGGCGACGCAGAUUCUAACGCAUUAGAGCGCAUCCUGGGAACAGAAUUUGUCAAGAAAAAGUUGCGGAAGGCGCAAAACAACAAGCUUUUCACCUUCAGCUGAUACUCACUUCAAGUCACUAUUACCUGAUCAACCAUGACGAGUGACAUUUAUAAAUGCAUGAUGCCCCACAUUGUUAUUGUUGUUUUUAUCAAGCAUACUAACUGCCUUCCCC